UGGUUUCUUGCAGGAGGUGUUAGGAGAUCGUCGCUGAAAAAUGUCUGGAGAAGCUGUUGUUGUCAGUGGAGCCAGCUUGUGUGUAUUUUGUAGCCUCUUUGAGUUGAAACAAAGCGCUGGCUAUGUAUUGUUUCAUAUAGUUUGUAAGUAGAAAAGCUUAUGAACGUAGCUAGUAUAGAGCACGAAUCAUCUGAUCUGCAAAUGAUCAUGAUCAAUGAUGCGGUCAAGCUAUAUACUGCACAAUGAAGUAGCUCUCCUUUGCUUUCACGUGGGUAAGAUUUGCACACAGAGCGAUCUCAUACUAUUUCACACGUCAAACAGAGUAUGCAUUAUAAAUGCAUGGGCAGAGCUGUGAGCACUGCGAGGAGACCGAGGAAAUCUUACCUUCUCUAAGUUGAUAAUUUUAAUCAUAAUGAAAAUACAAUUUCGGACUGGUUGAACCCCAAGGUAUUUGUUUCUUUAAUACCCUCGUAGUUAUGUCCAGAAAUGUAUGCUAAUGAGAUUCAUUCCUUGACAGACAUCCAUCACAUGUACAAAGUGUCCUCUAGAAGGGUGUUUAUUGGGCAUCGGAGAUUGGAGAAUUCUACGUUUACUACAUUGAAUUCUCCAGCUAACGUUCUUUAGCCCAUGACUAUUUUUUAUUCAGACAUGGAGCCUUUUUCAAAAUAUUCUCCUCUAACCUGCCAUUCUUAAUGAAAACCCUGCUCUAGCCCUAUUACUCCACACUGAAGUACCCAAGGUCUGACUUGUGUGCAUUCCUGGACAUAAGUGCCAGAGUAAUGACUAGCUUCAGUGAUGCAGAGGAGGGCUGAAUUUUUUGUAAUCUACAUGUUUUAUUUAAGUAUUUUUAGUUGCUUGUCUUCCUUCAAUGAAAUCACGAUGGACAGUGGGUAUCAAGAAAUGGUUUACUUUCAGGUAAAGCUACAUGUAUGGCUAUUCAGUGUUUUGUUUCCCAUCACUCUCUCUUUCAAUAAAAGAGCAAAAUUAUGGGACAAAAAGAAAGCAACAGGUAGAAUAGGUGAUGACUUAAGUGCAAGAUUAUGUUGUUCAGCUAGCUAGCUAGGAUACUUCAUGCAACAACCACGUUACUGUAAUUUAUUUAUUCGUGGUAGGAUAAUUCAUGAAAAGGAGCCCUGAAGAGCUGAUCCCUAAAGAAAUUCUUGUGAAUGUGUGAAGACCAGCAUUUAAGGACUUUUUUACUCUUCUAGUAGUUGAUUAAUAGUGCUAAGCAAAGAAAGCCAAUAUGGGUAAAAGAUCUUAAUCUAAAGAUGAAAAAAAACACAGACUUAAGCACAGCGAUACCAAGAACUUGUUCAAUCACUCCAUACUGGCCUAGUAAUAAACCUCGCCUCGUACAUACACGUAACAGCCUUUUCAUUUUCAGGCCAUUUGCUAGUGAUGGUAUGGAAACUGGCUCACUUUUAGUUCCAAUGGUUCUUGCAAGUCAAAUAGCAUUCAUUGAGAGAUGGCCAGAUAAAAAUCUUAAAGUAUCAGGUACUAUAAAGUUAUAUAAUAUAAUUUUAAAACAAUGUACAUACUUGUCUCUAGAUUUCUGAUCUCCUGAGGUUAAUACCUCUGAUUAUAUAUAAAGUACAUGUAUGUGCAAUUAAUUAAAUUUUCGUAUUAUUCCAGUGCUAAACAGAUCCUAUUUGCUGGCCUCUCAACUGAUGAGUAUGUUCACAGUCUCAGUGAUGUUAUUUUUAAACAACGAGAAACUACUGGUCUCUUCAUUCUUCUUCUUUCUGGUAACAACAUCAAUUGGAGCCACAAUAAAUGUUCACUUUGCUGGUAUGUAUUAUCUGGUCAAUAGUCCAAUAAUCAGUAACAACACUGACUAUCAUUUGAAGAAAAAUUGUAAACUUCACACAGAUAUUUUCAUCAUUAUAUUAAUCAUCACUCAGCGUGCAAAGAAAGUAGUGUCCGAUAGCCCAGGGUUAGUGGAUUUUGCUAUCGGGCUAGUGAAUUCUGUUUUUAACUUGCCCGACGGGCAAGUGAUGUUCUUUGAGGAAUUCGAAUAACCGAAGAAGUGUGAAAUCAAUUUUGCUCAACGAAAAGCUUUUGGGGCUAGUUGAAAUGACGUUUGGGCUAGUAAAUGCUAGCUUCAGCUUGCCCGAAUGGCAAGCUGUAAAAAUGAUUCUUUUUGCACCCUGAUCACCUUUGCUACCAUUAUCAUUCUACAAAAGCAACUUUAUUUCAAUCUUUCAAUUACAGUUGACCCUCCGUUAAGCUGCCACCCUCAGGGUACCGGUAUUAGUGGCCACUUAAUGGAGGUUGGCCCCUUGAUAGAGGUUCGUCAUAAAUUAGUAUAAUCUUUGGGAGAAACAUCCCAUUAUUUUGAAACAAACGUGUGACAGUAGAAGUAUUACUGAUUAUUACUGGUUUACAGUUGGUCGUCACCUUUGAUCUCUGACUGUAUUUUUCUUCACCAUAUUCUUAAAAUGAAGCCAAACAAAUUGUGUCAAGGGUGUCAACAAUGGGAGAGCUGUUGUUGGGACGACCAUAAGGUGCAUGCCGCAGCCGCCUAAUAGAGGUUUAAUUUCUCAUUCUUUUCUUUUUGAGACUGAUUAGUAGCCACUGUAGAGGGUGGCUGCUUAAUGGGUGGCCACUUGAUGGAGGCUCAACUGUAUACAGGAUAAUACUUGAUUCCCAUACAACAGCUUAACCUAGUCAAGAUGGACACAGGAGACAUCUUCAAGAUUGAUGACACUCAGAUAUUGCCACUGUCUUUGCAAAUCGAAAUCAACCCGUACUUACUACAAAUAUGUACCUCCUACCAUUUAGUUAUUGUCCAGAGCGUUAAACUCUCAUAGCAAGGAAAGCCAAGCCUAAACAUUUUAUUUUGCAGAUAUAGAUGUUAUCCGAGUGUCCAUAUGUGUGUGUUUGUUCUUUGUGGCUUUAUUUGCCAUCCUGCGAUGGAUACCAAAAUCUUUUACUGUCGGUGAAGCAAUGAUCAUUACGGAGGCAAUAGUUCUGCUCUCAGUUGAUUCAUUUGCAGAUCUUGCAAUAAAGGUAAACUUGUUGUAAAAUAUUUUAAUGCCUUGACUGAGGGUUUUCAUUAAAUAAAUAAUUAUGCAUUUAAGCAAACUGAUUGCAGGGUUUGAAGACAAUAAUUUAUACAUGUACAUGUGUUUUUUUCUUCAGAUUCAAAUUUUUUUGAUAACAGUAUUAUGUCUAAAAGUAGUUUGAGUUUGAUCAUCCUUGUUCAUGCAAUUACCACACAAAUGCUUACAACCCAAUUUUGAAGUUUCUUGAUAGCUCCCAUAAUCACUUUCACUGUAUCUUGGUGACUGAAGAAUGAUAUGAAUGGGUGAUAGCCCUCCUUAGUAUUGAAUUGACCUUUGCAUCAAGCUUCUUUUAAAUGAAAAUUAUGAGUGAAUCAGAAUAAAAACAGUAAUGUUGCAACUUGAAUGUUUACAGUUGUCUCAUAUUUGGCCUCCUUUUCGCAACAUCAUUGGGAUCCAUGAAGAGCUCCCCAAAAGCACUCAUUUACACUGGAUACAGGUAUGUGCCUGGCAGAAUUGAUGGCAUAUUCUUUCCAUACCCCCUCGUUAUUUUAAUUAGACCAAACCAUGGCCCAAAGAGGGAAAAAUUUUCAUGUAGCUCCCCCUAGACUCAAAACCUGGAUGAGCAUCCCCCCUCCUACCUCAAUGAAGGUCUGGACUCAUUACUGAUUUUUGUGUGAUGGUGUACACAUAUUCUAAAUUCAUCAUAGACACAGGGGAGGAUCUGGGGGGUUGAAUUAUCGGGUGGCUAGCAACUCCCCUUUAUAAGGACAGCCCAGCCAACCCUCAAAAUGCACAGUGAUUUACCUCUAGUUCCUCUCUUUUGUGGUGUUGCUUAAAUUAACAAAUACCAGCAGUUUGCAGUGCUUGGUAAGUGGUAUCAGUCGGCUUCCCUUCUAUAAAAGAUCCUGGAUAUGCCCCUGAGUCAUUCAGCAUGACUGAUCACUGUUUUCAUUGCUUGCAGGUUCUAAUUACAGGCUCACUUACUACAGGACUUUUAUUGCUCCCAGUUUUUUAUUACCUGACUUUAGUUCGGUGAGAAAUGAUUGCCCACAUUUUUAAUCUUAAAGCAAAAAUUACAUGUAAGUGUGUUGGCAUUAUUCAUUGCUUAUAGAGUAAGGCUACUUAGGACUGUGAAUUUAACUGGAUAAAAAUAUACAUCUUGCAAAAAAAGACUAUUGAGCCUCAGAAAACAGCCAACUCUUCAUGACGCCACCACUGGUUUCCUCUUAAAAUGACAUGUGAGAAAUGAGCGCAGAAAUUCCAUGCUAGCCAUGUGUUAGAGAUCAGAGAAUUCCCCAUUUACUAUGUAGAAUUCUCCGGGUAACGGUCUAUAGCCUAUGACAAUUUUUUACUCAGAUGUGGAGCCUCUUUAAAAAUAUUCUCCUACAACGUUACACUCCUCUCCUGCUACUAGAAUUCUUAGUGAAAACCCUGGGGUAGUGAUGAUUGCUUGUGCUGCGAUAGAAAUGUCUGCUUCAACCAAUCAGCACUACCUUGAUCUGGGUGGUAACAUGUGUCACCAUUUUUGAGCUUGUUCCUCAAAAGUGAUUGCAAGGAAACCAGUGGUAGCAUAGUGGAAUGUUGGCUGUUUUCUCAGGUUAAAGAUGAUUUGACCUGUAAAAAAUCUUCAACACAGUUGAAUCUUCCAUGAAUAGCAACACUAUCUUUCUUGUUUGUCACACAAAACAAGUGUCUGUAACUAGAGCCAAAACAAGACAUCGGAUUAACAUGAAUGUAUCUUAUAAUGCACCUCAAAAUAAAUAGUUAAUGCAAACCACAAAAAGUCACCCUUCCAAAUUUAGAGUCGCAUGCUCACUUCAGCUUUAUGUGAUAUUAAAUUAUCUUCUUUUUGAGCAUGAAACUUGCUUUUAUUCUAUCUUCAGAGAUUACUGGGAGACUAUUACCGGGUAUGUGGCUUUCUAUGCUGCCAUAGUCUUCACAUUCUUUGCAUUUCUUCUACCCUGGACUGUUCUUAUUCUGGGAGGCGUAGAUCCCUUUACGUGGCUAUGGACGUACCUGACCAAAGAUCAGAUAAGGGUAAGAUUGUCAAUGAAGUUGUCUUUGAUAGAAAAUCGUCUUCUGAUCAUGAGAUCAUACAGGGACCUUGGAGAUGGUGGAGCUGUGUUACAGGUCAAAAUUAGAUUCAGGUUAGAAUUUAACAGCUACUUCCUUUUUUGAGAUAGUUGGGGAAAAAAUUAGAAAAAGAGAAAAAUUACCAGGUUUGUAUUACUAGUUUAAAAAAAGAAGAAAAAAGUUGUCCCGGGAAAAAAACACACCCUCCCAGGCAAGUCAACUUAAGCGAAUGUUUAUAUGAGAAAAAAAGUUGAGCCCUUUGCCCAAGCCAAAAGCUGACUACAGCGCUCACACUGUCAUGCUCUUAUUAUGGAGCUUAAGCUACAACGACGGUAAUGGCAAGGCGAACGGCAAAAAAGCAACAGGGUUAUAUUAGCAAAACAACAACUUUGCACGUGCAUCAGGCUUUUUUGUACAUUUCUUUGCCGUCGUUGCACGACGACAAAGUGCCAAAUUUCACUUUUUGUCGAGGACGGGAACACAAGACAAUAGGGCCAUUUAUACGAGGAAAAAUAAGACGCGUCUUACAUAAGACGCGAACUGUACCAUUUAUACGAGCAUGUCUUAUCUAAUAAGACGCGUCUUAGCUAAGCCGCGUCUUAUUUUAGACGAAAUGUGCCGUUUAUACGGAAAGUUCGCGUCUUAUUUAAGACGCGUCUUAUUUUUCCUCUUGUAAAUGGCCCUAAUGUUCUUUUGAACUUUGAUACAGUCCUUUAGAAUUCAACUUCACAAAAUUUUGCCAACAUCUGAUGAAAGAAACCAGAUGGAAUAAGCACCAUUAAUUAAGUUUAAAGCAGCAACGUUUUGGAGCGAGGAACGUCAACAGGAAGUCAGCCUUUUUCUCUUUUUAUUUGCCUUGACACUACCAAAUUUAUAUUGCUAAGUGUCUUUACUGUUAAAGAGACGUUUUGCCGAAAAGCUUGCUCAAAAUCACAGCUCAAGAAUGCAAAAAGUCCACUUUCGGUUGACGUGCGUCGCUCAAAACGUCGCUCACGGUGUUUAUAUGGAAAAAAUGUUGGCCGGCUAGGAGGGUGACUCUACUAUCGGAAAAGGGUGAUCCCCGCUAGGCGGGCACUCUUCUAGCCUAGCCAACUUUUUGUUUCUCGUGUAAACAGUUCACCAAGUUAUGUUAGAAAUCUAGGAAAAGUUGGCUCACCUAGUAUAGGGUAGCUCGGGUAGCUCGGGUAGCUGAGUGACUUUUCUACCCGGGACAAGAUUUUUCCAAACAAACGGUACCUCAGAAACUAUUUUGAUACUUAAAUGUCGAUUAUUAUAAUUAUUAAGAGGUGAAUUGUCUACGCAAUGAAAAUGUUAUGCUAACCUUAAGUUGUUUUUUACAGUUUUCCUUUUCUCUUCUCGAUCAGUUGAACCCUCUUGGGUUUGAGUAAAAAAGUCACAUUUUUAUGUACUAAAAAUGUCUUUUUCCUAACUAAAUUCCACUGAUUGUUGUCUCUAUUUUUCCUGUUCUAUUCCAGUUGCAAUUAAUUGGUUACUGGUUCUGUGUAGUUGCUAUUGCUGUUGGCUUCGUCGCGUGGAAGAGCAGACGUGCACGAACUAACGCAUCUAGUACUGUAGUUCGUAAAUGCUUUCAUCUUUUGGCACUUGCUAUCUAUAUCCCCGGUGUCAUCUAUGAACCCUAUAUUACACACCUAGCUUCAUCAGUUGCUGUAGCUGCUUUUAUAUUUAUUGAGGUAAAAAAGUAUAUUCUACGUAAAUUGUGUCUUAGCAUGCAGUUUUGUGCGCAGCAGUGGAGAUCCGGCAUUCAAUAGAGCGUUUUCACUCACGUGGCCAGUAUCUAUGCAAAUUUAUUGGAACAAAAGAAAGUGUUUGCAUAAGAAAAGAGUUCAACUCCCACAAGAUUGGUUUAGGACACCAAUAUGGCCGCCGAUUGAUAGCAAAUUAAGGUUAGCCGGGCUGGUUCGGCACGUGCGUCGGUUUUCUCAUAAAGUUGUCGUUGCAUUUAUAUGAGAAUGCGGAUGAGAAUGCAGCUCGCCUUCUCAUAUAAAGGUAAAGGCCCAAACGGCCUGAGCUUAUCCCGGUUUCAUUAGCACGAAACACCUAGGAGUAUUGCUACUCCUCCCGGGACGGGAUGCUAGUCCAUCGCAGGGUCAGCCCUCAGCAUUAUGUCGCAGGUACCCAUUUAUACACCAGCUGGGUGAAGAGAGACAAAGUGGAGUAAAGUUCCUUGUCUAAGGAAACAAGACGACGGGCGAGGCUUAAAUCCCAGACCUCCAGAUCCAGAGUUUGAGGUGUUAACCACUCGCCCACACACGCCUCCACAAUCUCAUAUAAACACAACGACAAUUUUAAGAGGAAACAAGGCAUAAGCCGAGCCAACCUGGUAAAGCAGGCCAGCCCGCCUAACCAGGCUGCUUCACCAUCAGUGACAACACAGAAUUCGCGGGAAAAACCUGUUAAAACAGUUUCGGGUCCUUCCUUUGAAGUCAGCGGUUGUCAAACUUCCCUCGGUAAACGACAAAACGUGAUAUUUAGCUGACUGGUUACCUGGUAACUGAUGCCGCGCACCAAAUCUGGACGCAGUUCUGGAUCCUAACUCGAUGGCUGUUGCAAUUUUGCGCUGCCAGUCAAUUUUCCCGCGGUUGAGAUGAUUUGGAGAUAGUGAUUGUUUCCAGUACGUAGACCUUAGUGAGUUCGUCCUACUUCCACGCUUGCUGCUGAUUACACCUGUUCCAGGCUUUUGUCGCAAUUGAGUAUACUAAAAAGUUGUUUUGCGUGUUUUCUUUAUCUCGCAGUACAUCAGAUUAUACAGAAUAGGCCCUUUUGGCUCAUCAAUUCACUCUGCUUUGGAGGUGUUUUUAGAUGAAAAGGACGCCGGUCCUUUGAUUUUAACCCACGUGUAUUUGUUGCUGGGUUUAGCCGUACCCUUGUGGUUAUACCCUGUGGAUUAUAGUAAACCUGAUUACACUGGUGAGUAUAUUAUAUGGGUGACCACUAAUUCAGCGAAAUACUCGACAAUCAAUGCGUAGAUAUACCAUUUUGAUUAAGAAACUUAAGAAUCUUUUUUCCUCUCUGUCGCCCGCCAGAAGAGCUUAGACCGAGGGAGGCUGGUUAGGAGUCAGUGUAUUAUGAGAUUAUCGACACAAGACGUGCAAAGUCAGAAAAGCAUGAGGAGCAUUACAAAAUCGCCAAGUUUGGUGUCAAUUAGGUCCGUGCCGAACAAGAUCCAGCCACUUCAAACUUUACAAUUUACUGAGAAAUGUAUGGAUUGCCGGACAUCUUCAAUAUAUUUCUUAGUAAAUUUUGAAGAUUUUGAAUUCCCUAUCUCCUUCAGUAUGGGCCCAAUAAAUACCAAACUUGACGGGAUUUUACAAACCUCGGUUUGCUCUUUUUAACAAUAUGAUUUUGUCUCGUACGUAUUGUUAAUCCCAUAAGACAUGGACUGGCGUGUACUUGCGGCGCCCACGCAGCUCGCGGCAAAAGAGGGACGACUCGCAGUCAGGUUUUUUUAAAAUGCUGAAGGUUUUUUAUGGGGGUGGGGAGGGGUCGCCAUCUUCAUUUCUAUGUAUAAUAAUACAAAAACAACGCGCCAGUAAAACUGCCUUCUAUGCAAGCUAUAAUUUAUCUGCUAAUUUACAGCAACAGACGGGGAACUCCUUUUUUCCCCCGCAGGUUGUAAACUUGCAUUGUAUUCUGGGAUACUGGCCUUAGGAAUCGGUGACACAAUGGCGUCAAUUGUUGGAAAAUCUCUCGGGCGCUUUCGCUGGCCAGGUAAAGCUUGUUUGAUAUCAUGUUCUGUCCUUAAUUGUCACUGUUGCAUGCGCUGUGUGAAGAGGAAUUUUCACCCGUGUUGAGGUCGGGCUUGAAGAGACUAGGUCGGCGUUGGGUCGAAUGGCACAAGUGGUGAGCUUACGCAACAGGACGGCAGAGCAGAGAACGGCAAAACGUUUGUGUAUGACAAACGGGACAGGGCUAUUACUUACAAGUUUUGCCGUGAUCUUUACUAAACAUUACUGUGUUUAUCAUACAUGAUUAUUGUCAAGCUUGUCAGACAAGGUUUGCCGUCUUCUCUCUUCUGCCGUCCUUUGGCGUACGUUGACCAAUGACACUCUGUUGUUACGGAUUUGUAACAGUUUCGUGAGUAUGAACCUCAUAAUAGCCCCCCAAAAAAGUGAUAACGUCCACAAGGCCACGCCAUGACCUCGAACCGCCUCAAAAUGGCCGCAUUAUUUAUUGUCUUUUAUUUCACUGGUCACAGUCAUCUUCUUCCUGCUGUCUCGUACUCUCCACGGGGAGUGCGUCUUUUUGAGCAGAAUAAUUCAAAACUACUCUUCUGAUUGGUUGUUUUGUCUUUGGACUGAAAUCUCCGAUAUGAGCUGUGUAGUCUGGAUAUCAGGCGUUUCUGAGGGGGAGGGGGGAAGAAGGGGAAAAGAAAACCAAAAGGGGAGACAGUGAAGGGAGAAAAAAUUGUUUACUCUCUUCCCCCUCCUCCUUUCCCUAGCCCCAAAGGAAGGUCACAUACUCAAAUUAGAUUCUAGGUUCAUGGCCGCUGCCUUGAAACUUUUCUUUUUUCGAUCCGUGAAAGUAAACGAAUACAGUUGUUUUUCUAAAUAUUCAUCUCAAGUAUCUGUGUACGAAAUCUGCUCCAUAAUCGUUUCACAAUCGUUUAGUCACUGAAGAACAUCAUUUUUACCCUAGGAAGUGUCAAGACUGUUGAAGGAACGUUAGCUGGAAUCUUAUCACAACUGCUAUUUUUGUUGAUGUUACAUUAUACAGGUAUUUUGAGUAACUAUAAGUUAGCUCCCCUCUCCUCCCAUUGCAUACGUUUAUAAUUGGGCUGCCUAUGGGAAAGCCCAAUCGAAAAAUGCAGGCCCUCGUCUGUGCAGCAAAAAGACAAAAUCGCGGAAGGAUCACGUUUCCCUUCCCCCUUCCUUGAGGCACCUUUUUUGAUUGUUGAGGGGAGGUUAGGUGAUUUCAAGAAAGGACGUAUACCGAAAACAAACAAACAGACUUUUACCGAAAAAUAAUAUUCGUGCGUAAAGGUAUUAUUUCUUUACUUCAGCCUAAAAAAUUGGAAAAAAUCUGAUGCUACAAUGAGUUCAAUAGGAGUAGCUAUACACUCAAUCCAAAAAAAAGUUUAAUUAUCAUCUAUGCUUGCCAAAAUAUUAAAAAACGUGUCCCACAUGAAAAGUCAACGAUUUGAAAGAUAAACAAGAUAAAAAAGCGUAUCUGGUUUAUCAGAGUUUUAAAAUAAUUUCCAAUCUUUGCUCUCACUUUUCAGGCGUGUUGUCGUUACCAAAAGAACGUUGGUUACCAGUCUCCGCCGCAGUGACAGCCGGGUCUUUGUUGGAGGCCUGGACUUUACAAAUCGAUAACAUUAUACUAUCGCCAUUUUUGAGUUCACUGUUACUGUACAACUGUAGAUAACGAAAGUAAACCUGUGACCUGCAACCACAGGAAAGCAAUUUCAAGACAAUUUUGUUCCUUUUGUGGUGAAGCCUGUUUGUAGAGGUCAUCAAUUUUCCCUCGCGUAGCCUUAGAAAACCGCCCACAUUUCGCGAUGCCACCGCU